AUGGCUGACAAUUUCACAGGUCUUAUAGAGUUCACUUGUUCAUACUGCAUAUACUUCAUUCUCACCCCUAGUCGAGUAAUCUACUUCACAGGGUGCAUAGACCAUGGUGGAACAGCUUCCAUCGCCUCUGCAGGAGAGGAACUGCUGUCUUGGGCAUACAGAUUCACCACCAUAGGAUACCCAUCUAGUGCAAUCAUCGAAGGCUCAUCGAAGCAUGCCAUGACGACUUUGCCUAUGACCACAUUACCCAAGUCCAACGAGCUGCUACAUAUAACCCCUGAGAUUACGGGUGUCAAUUGUAACCUUCCCCUGAAUGAACGUGGCAUUCCCCAGAUCAGAUCCUGGAUCAAUCACUCGAACCUGACCAAAGAUGAACAGCUCGUGAUGGAUCCUGUUAAACACGUCUCGUGGAUGGCCUGA